UUUUUCAAAGAAUUUUAAAGUAAAAAUGACAUAUUUUACAAUCUGGCAACGUUGCUUUGGAUGAUAACUUGACUAACCUAGUACUUCCUCUGUCAACGGCCAUUUUCCUUCUUUUACAGUGACACUCUCAACAUGCAGAAGUCAACAAAGAAAGAACCGAUCCACUCUGUCCAAGUUUUUGGCAGGAAAAAAUCCGCCACCGCGGUGGCUUACUGCAAAAGGGGCAGGGGCGUACUCAAGGUAAAUGGCCGCCCUUUGAGCCAAGUUGAGCCAAAAAUGCUACAGGACAAACUUCAAGAACCAAUCUUGCUUUUGGGAAAGGACAAAUUCUCUGCUGUAGACAUCAGGGUACGUGUUAACGGUGGUGGACACGUUUCUCAAGUUUACGCUAUCCGACAGGCUAUUUCCAAAGCUCUGGUAGCCUAUUAUCAAAAAUACGUUGACGAAGCCUCAAAGAAAGAAUUGAAAGACAUCCUGAUUCAGUACGAUCGUACCUUGUUGGUGGCCGAUCCACGUCGCUGCGAGCCCAAGAAAUUCGGUGGUCCAGGUGCCCGUGCCCGCUACCAAAAGUCUUACCGUUAAUUUUUUUAGUUUUAAUUACAGACAUGUUGUAUUUAUCACUACUAUAAAUAUAACGUAUUUCUAACUUU